CCAGGCCGUUAUGUCAUUUUCACGGACAGUGAUUUCGAUUGUGCUGGUGUCUGUUGCGUUGUGCGCAACGAACAGUGUAAACGCAUUCGUGAAGAUAGACCUUUUUGGUCAUGGAACCUUCUCCCAGUAUUAUAGAAACUUCUCUAGGGCCAGCAAUGUCAUUUCAGAGCAAUGCAGAAGCGAUUUCCUGUUCUAUCUGGACAAUCUCCUCAACAAAAUCACACCUCCCGACUGGGCUCUGCGAAUGUUUGACUCUUCAACAAAAGUACCAAAAGGCAUUAUAACAGGUGGUGGUACUGACCUUGGAGUUUUUGAUGAAUGCAUUGACAUACAAGGAAUAAAAACACAGACUGGCAAAUUUGAUGGGCAGCACUGUCUUGCUGAUAUCACAUUUUCGAAUGAGCUACACGCAAGACAAAAUAAAAACAAUAAUGGGACUCUAAGCAGGAUAGCAGGCAUUGGAAUACUAGACCUGGAGACUUUGACAGUGGCCUUAUGUGUGCCCUCAAGUUGUUCAUCCCAAGACACUGCUAUCCUGGUCCAGGAGUUAAUAAAUGCUUCUUCAUAUAUCAGCAAUACACAGUUGGUGCAAACACAAACGCAAGUGUACCCACUUAAAUGUCAUGUCAAAAACUCCACCUCAUUAAGAGCAGUUGACUGGGCUGCAAUAGGCAUUUACAUCUUCUUCAUUGUAUUAAUUGCCCUGAGUACUGUAUAUGAUAUGGUUGCUAAAGCACAAGGUGCUAAGCAGAAGUUAUUCACAGCAUUUUCAGCAACUAAAAACUGGAAGCAAUUAAUGAGUGUGAAAUCACCAUAUGGCUCUAUAUCAGUCCUUAAUGGAAUGACAUUCAUAACUAUAGGAUGGGUGAUGGUCUCACACAGAUAUAUCAUUGGCUCAACCAUACCAAGUGACAAUGGUAACACUUUCAUGAAUAUGAUGUUUGGAGACUGGAAAUAUGUACACAUACUGAGUGGUUCUCUUGCAGGAGACACAUUUCUCAUGAUAAACGGUUUACUUUUAGCCUACAUGUUCUUUCAAGAAAUUGAUAAAGUGCAAAAGUUUAACUUACCACUAUUUUAUAUCAGUCGUUAUUUGAGGAUGACUCCUGCUUAUGCCAUGGCAGUAUUAUUUAAUUCAUCUCUACUGAUUCAUAUGGCAUCUGGACCACUCUGGGAUGCACAUGUGAAACCAAUAAUGGAAAACUGUCAAGCUGACUGGUGGGCCAAUAUCAUUUACAUAAAAAAUUAUUACAACCCUUUAUCAGAAUGUGUGAGUCAAAGCUGGUAUUUACAAGUGACAAUGCAGCUUUUCUGGUUAUCACCACUUCUACUGUACCCUCUCUGGAAAACGCCAAAAAUAGGGAAAAUCCUCUUGGUUAUCUGUUUUAUCAUUGGACUGGCAAUAGAUUUUGGUGUUGCAUACGGAUUUGAGAUUAGAGUUUCAGUGCCAGAACGCAGAGCUAACAUUGAAUGGGAUAAUGAUUACAAGACAAGAAUGUACUAUACCACACACACUCGGUACAAUUCUUGGCUUGUUGGAGUAAUCACUGGGUACAUGCUUCACAAUAUUAAAAAGCAAAAAGCUGAGUUUAAGAUGCCAAAAGUCACCACAGUUGUGACAGUGAUUACUUUAACAUUUCUCACAAUAGGCACAGUAUUUGCACUGUACCCCUUCAAUCUUCCAAAUUAUGUGUAUAGCCCUGUCAAUGCAGCAUUUUUUCACACAUUUAUCAGAACAGGUUGGUCUACAGGAGUUGCACUAUUGGUGUUUUCAUGCUGUACUGGCUAUGGGGGUGUUAUUAAUGCAUUACUUUCAUGGAAAGUGUUUGCACCAUUAUCUCGUAUCACUUAUUCCAUGUUCCUCACUCAUGGAGCAAUACAAAUGAUGCUGAUGUACAGAACAACAGCAAUAAUUCAUCUGGAUGAUACAAAUGUGGUAACUGCAUUCAUCUCUGACAUGAUCCUCUGCAUGGCAGUGUCUAUACCAUGGUUUAUUGUCUUUGAAGCACCAUUUGGUGUAAUAGAGAAGACAUUAUCAGGUCAUGUGAGUCUUUCCAUCAGUGCAAUGUCAACAGAUGACAGUGAAAGGAAAGUGGAUGAGGAAUCUCUGAAAAAUGCAGCAACAUCGCAAGAACAAGCAGAUUUAAAAAUGUAAUUGGUUAACAAGAAAUAAAAUAAUACAAAAAUGUAAUAAAAGACAAUUAAAUAACUAUUCCACUA